UAUGUAUUUAGAACACAAAAAAGCGCCAUGGACAUAUAAUAAUAAAUAUUGGCUGCAGUAAAAAUUAAGUACUUAAGACAUCUCAUUCGCUUUUGAAUGCUUGUCAAAAAGUUGAACACACACAUUGCGCUUGAGUGUUGUGAUUCGUAUUGCAUUUAGUUAAAUUAAAAAGUGACACGUGUGUGAAUCUCAUAAGUCAACGUUGCGAAAAAUAGUUUACAACUCCAUUGGGUACUGAACGCGGAGGAUAACAAUUUAAAAUGGAGGACGGUCACGCGAAAACCGUCGAACAAACUCUGAACUUCUUCGGCACAGACGGCGAACGUGGUCUAUCUGUCGAUCAGAUCAAGGCUAACCAGAAAAAAUAUGGACCCAAUGAGUUGCCAACUGAGGAAGGAAAGAGCAUCUGGCAGCUGGUUUUAGAGCAGUUCGAUGAUCUUCUCGUGAAGAUUUUGCUGUUGGCAGCCAUCAUUUCAUUUGUAUUAGCGCUAUUUGAGGAACAUGAAGACACUUUCACUGCAUUUGUAGAGCCCUUAGUCAUUUUACUUAUUCUUAUUGCAAAUGCUGUCGUUGGUGUUUGGCAGGAACGCAAUGCCGAAUCCGCUAUUGAGGCACUCAAAGAAUACGAGCCCGAGAUGGGCAAAGUGGUUCGCCAAGACAAGUCCGGUAUCCAAAAGAUCCGUGCGAAAGAAAUUGUGCCGGGUGAUUUGGUUGAGGUGUCUGUCGGUGAUAAAAUUCCCGCCGACAUUCGUAUCACUCACAUCUAUUCAACCACCCUGAGAAUCGAUCAGUCUAUUCUGACUGGUGAAUCCGUGUCGGUUAUCAAGCACACAGAUGCCAUUCCCGAUCCCCGUGCUGUUAAUCAGGACAAGAAGAACAUUCUAUUCUCUGGCACCAAUGUGGCCGCUGGUAAGGCUCGUGGUGUUGUUAUCGGCACCGGCCUGAGCACUGCCAUUGGCAAGAUUCGCACAGAAAUGUCCGAGACCGAGGAGAUUAAGACUCCACUUCAACAGAAGCUGGAUGAGUUCGGUGAGCAGUUGUCCAAGGUUAUCUCCAUCAUUUGCGUUGCUGUCUGGGCCAUCAACAUUGGACACUUCAACGAUCCAGCUCACGGUGGCUCAUGGAUCAAGGGUGCAAUCUACUAUUUCAAGAUUGCUGUCGCCUUGGCUGUCGCUGCCAUUCCUGAGGGUCUGCCAGCUGUUAUCACCACCUGCUUGGCUUUGGGUACUCGCCGCAUGGCCAAGAAGAACGCCAUCGUGCGUUCCCUGCCCUCUGUGGAGACUCUUGGUUGCACCUCCGUCAUCUGCUCUGAUAAGACCGGCACACUUACCACCAAUCAAAUGUCCGUUUCCCGUAUGUUCAUCUUCGACAAGGUUGAAGGCAAUGACAGCAGCUUUGUUGAGUUCGAACUGACCGGCUCCACCUACGAACCCAUUGGCGAGCUCUUCUUGAACGGCCAGCGCGUGAAGGCUAGCGAUUACGACACAUUGCAGGAACUCUCCACCAUUUGCAUCAUGUGCAACGAUUCGGCCAUUGAUUACAACGAAUUCAAGCAGGCUUUCGAAAAGGUCGGCGAAGCCACCGAAACUGCUCUGAUUGUCUUGGCUGAGAAACUAAACUCGUUCAAUGUGAACAAAUCUGGUUUGGAUCGUCGUUCCGCCGCCAUUGCCUGCCGUGGUGAGAUUGAGACCAAGUGGAAGAAGGAAUUCACUCUUGAAUUCUCGCGUGAUCGUAAAUCCAUGUCCUCAUACUGCACACCAUUGAAGGCUUCUCGUCUGGGUACUGGACCUAAACUGUUUGUGAAGGGUGCCCCCGAAGGCGUCUUGGAACGUUGCACACACGCUCGCGUUGGCACCAGCAAGGUUCCUCUGACCUCGGCCCUCAAGAGCAAGAUCCUGAACUUGACUGGUCAAUAUGGUACUGGUCGCGAUACCUUGCGUUGCUUGGCUCUCGCUGUUGCCGACAGUCCAAUGCGUCCCGAUGAAAUGGACUUGGGUGAUUCCACCAAAUUCUUCCAGUAUGAGGUGAACCUAACCUUUGUUGGUGUCGUUGGCAUGUUGGAUCCUCCACGUAAAGAAGUUUUCGAUUCAAUUGUUCGAUGCCGUGCUGCUGGUAUUCGUGUCAUUGUUAUCACUGGUGAUAACAAGGCUACCGCUGAAGCUAUCUGCCGUCGCAUUGGCGUCUUUACCGAGGAUGAGGACACCAAUGGCAAAUCGUAUUCGGGACGUGAAUUCGAUGAUCUGUCGCCAGCUGAACAGAAGGCUGCCGUUGCCCGUUCCCGCCUGUUCUCGCGCGUGGAGCCGCAGCAUAAAUCCAAGAUUGUUGAGUUCUUGCAGGGCAUGAAUGAAAUCUCUGCAAUGACUGGUGAUGGUGUCAAUGAUGCUCCCGCUUUGAAGAAGGCUGAAAUUGGUAUUGCCAUGGGUUCUGGUACCGCUGUUGCCAAGUCUGCCGCUGAAAUGGUUUUGGCUGAUGAUAACUUCUCUUCGAUUGUGUCUGCCGUUGAGGAAGGUCGCGCUAUUUAUAACAACAUGAAGCAGUUCAUUCGUUACCUUAUUUCAUCCAACAUUGGUGAGGUCGUUUCUAUCUUUUUGACUGCUGCUCUGGGUCUGCCUGAAGCUUUGAUCCCCGUCCAGCUGUUGUGGGUCAACUUGGUCACUGAUGGUCUUCCAGCUACUGCUCUGGGCUUCAACCCACCCGAUCUGGAUAUCAUGGAGAAACCACCCAGGAAGGCCGACGAAGGUUUGAUCUCCGGCUGGCUGUUCUUCCGUUACAUGGCUAUUGGCUUCUAUGUCGGUGCUGCCACCGUCGGUGCCGCCGCCUGGUGGUUCCUGUUCUCCGAUGAAGGCCCAAAACUCACAUACUGGCAACUCACUCACCACUUGGCCUGCUUGGGCGGUGGCGACGAAUUCAAGGGUGUAGACUGCAAGAUCUUCAGCGAUCCACAUGCCAUGACCAUGGCCUUGUCUGUGCUCGUGACUAUUGAAAUGUUGAACGCCAUGAACAGUUUAUCCGAGAAUCAAUCCUUGAUUACAAUGCCACCAUGGUGCAACUUGUGGUUGAUUGGUUCAAUGGCUCUGUCCUUCACUCUUCACUUUGUUAUACUUUAUGUUGAAGUACUUUCUACCGUCUUCCAAGUGACACCGUUGUCUGCCGAGGAAUGGAUAACUGUGAUGAAAUUCUCAAUUCCUGUAGUUUUAUUAGAUGAAACAUUGAAAUUUGUUGCUAGAAAAAUCGCAGAUGGUGAGAGCCCUAUAUAUAAGAUGCAUGGGAUUGUGUUAAUGUGGGCUGUCUUCUUUGGCCUGCUAUACGCUAUGAUGCUUUAAGAAUAUAAUAAUUAUAAUCAUUAAGCCCAACAUCAUUAUUCUAAUUACUAGCAUAAAGUGUUACUAAAUAUAAACAAAAAAAAAUCCUAAAGUAACGACUUUAACCACCACAACAACAAACAAACAA